AUGGCACGGUCCCAAAUCCGACAGCCCUGGCCCAGACCCCGCUGUGGAGCCGUAGGUGGUGGUGAGGACCAUGGCCUGUUGGGGCGGCACCAAGUAGGUACGGGGAGCAAUGCCAAUGUCAAUGUCAAUGUCAAUGCGUUCGAGAUGAAUGUUGGGGUGAACAAGUACUCCAAUAGCCCUAACGGGAAAGACACCAAUGGGAAAAACAAUGGCAGCAGCAACAAUAAUGGAGGAAACAGCAAUGGGAGCGCCAACGGUAAUUCUACGGUUGACAAGCGCUUCAAGACAUUGCCAACAAGUGAAAUGCUACCGAGGAAUGAAGUCCUUGGUGGAUACAUCUUUGUCUGCAACAACGAUACCAUGCAGGAGGAUCUCAAGAGGCAGCUUUUUGGUUUUAGCUUGUAUUCAAUCCCUUGUAUUGUUUUGCGCACUGUUGGUGUACUGGCUGCCAGUUUCGGUGGGUCUAAUAUCUAUCCCACUGCAUGGGAGGAUAAGAAGUGUAAAGGUGAAUCUAGAUUCCCAGCGCAGGUGAGGAUCCGCAUUAGGAAGCUUUGCAAGCCGUUGGAAGAGGAUUCCUUCAGGCCAGUUUUGCACCAUUAUGAUGGCCCAAAGUUUCGCCUUGAGCUCUCCAUCGCGGAGCUAACCCUCCUUCAAAGAAGCAUGUCAAUACCCUUGUGCCAUUGA